AUGCCUCAAAUUGAUGGUUAUAAUAUCCUCAUAGUUUCAAAGUACUUUUCAACUCUCACCGACUUCUAUAACAUCCAGAUGGUGUGCAAAAAGUUUUCCGACACAAUGUCUAAGCUCCAUUAUAAUCCAGUCCCCAUUUCUGAUAAAACAAUAUCCCACUUCCCCAAUUUAGAGACACUCCAUGUCUACAACAAAGGAGAAGUGACUCUUACUGAUGAAACGCCUUAUACAAUUAUUAUUUGGUAUCAAGUGACAUACACUGAAAUGGCACUAUCUAAACGUCCAAAUACGACAUACAAACGUGUGAAUUACACUCUAGAUGACCAAAAGACGUAUGGCAAAGAUCUUCCCCCCGAAGUGACUGUGAUAGGGUCCCACUUAUAUGAUGAAAAGAAUCCAGUUCGCUCUUUAAACAUAACAAACCGCAUCGUCGAAAUAGAGCGGAGUGCCUUUGCAAACAACCAAAAACUCUUAGACGUGACACUUCCCGUGACACUCACUAAAUUAGGACGUACCGCGUUUUACUCGUGUUGUUGUCUCUCCGGUCUGACACUGCCGAGUACCCUUCGAGAGAUGGGCGAGAGUUGCUUUGAGAAUUGUACUUCUCUUGAGAAGAUCAAUAUCCCCGACAAGGUCACUCUCUUAGACAAAAAGUGCUUUGGUAACUGCGCAGUGCUCUUUGCAGUGACUUUGCCGUCCGCAUUGUCGCACCUUGAAAGUGCCUUCUACGCGUGUUCCAAGCUGACUUCCUUGAACAUCCCGGAGACAAUCACUUCGUUCGGCGAAAGAGCGUUCUACAAGUGUCUCGCGCUGAGUACCAUCGACAUCCCAAAAUGUGCCGAGAAGUUCGGCAAAGAGUGUUUCUGUAAGUGUCGAGUCUCGAGCAUCGCCUUCUCGCAAAAUGUGAAUGAAAUUGGCGUCGCGUGUUGUUACGAGUGCAAAUUUUUGAAUAAGAUCGAAAUACCAGACAAAAUCACAAUGAUCCCAGAAGACUGCUUCGCAGGGUGUAUCUCACUCACACACGUUAAGUUACCUGAUACGUUAUUGGAGAUAUCCACUCAUGCAUUCGGAAGUUGUGAAACACUCAAUGUUAUUACUCUCCCAAAAUCAGUCACUUACGUCGGGCAAAGAGCCUUUGAAAAGUGUACAAGUUUAAUUGCGGUGUCGUGUCUUGGAAAAGUUAAAGUCGUUGAUAAAGACGCUUUUAAAGAUUGUAACAGACUCAAAAUUAAACCAAAAGAUGGUUGUUGUAUAGCUUAA